AUAGGAAGAAUUCCAGACACCAUGAUAAACACGAGGUGCGUGAAGAUGGCUCGAGUCUUCAGGCUGCAUCUGAUAAACAAGUCAUUGACUCCUCAUGGAGCAGAAAUGCUUUCAGAUCCCGGAUUUAGGAUGAUAACAACCCAUAAGUCCAAGAAGAAGAUCAAAGAAUAUUAUAGGCUGCUGAAUCUAGAUGAAGGAUGCUCAGCCGACGAUGUCAGGGAGUCUUUUCAUAAGCUUGCCAAGCAAUACCAUCCAGACAGCGGCUCUAAUAACGCCGACUCCGCAACAUUUAUAAAGAUUGAAGAGGCAUAUAGGAACGUGCUUUCCCACGUGAUAAAACAAACACAUGCCAGACAAAAUAAAGCUGAAGGCGCAGAAGAAGAGGAAGAGAAAUUCAAAUAUAGUACACCACAGCACCGACACUAUUUAAGCUUCGAAGGCGUUGGCUUUGGGACGCCGAGUCAGCGAGAGAAACAAUACAGGCAGUUUAGGGCGGACUGCGCGGUGGAGCAGGUGAUAGAUUAUCAAAGACAGAAGCUUGAGAGGGAGCACUUUGCUGAUAGCAUAGCAGUCAGAGACGUAAGACAGAGCAAAGAACAGAAGAUAACCCAAGCCAUAGAGCGCCUGGUGGAGGACCUCAUCCAGGAAUCGAUGGCAAAAGGAGACUUUGACAACCUCAGUGGGAAAGGAAAGCCUCUGACCAAGUUUUCUGGCUGUUCGUAUAUCGAUCCCAUGACUCACAACCUGAACAGGAUAUUGAUUGAUAAUGGGUACCAACCAGAGUGGAUUCUGAUGCAGAAGGAAAUUAAGGAUACCAUUGAGCAGCUUCGAGAAGCACUGUUAGUGUGCAGGAAGAGGCUUGGGAACCCACUGACACCAGGGGAACAGACACAGUGGAGCCAAACGUGUGAGAAGUUUCAAGAAAACAUCCAAAAGCUAAACAAGCGAAUUAGCGAUUUCAACUUGAUUGUCCCCAUUCUGACCAGGCAGAAAGUCCAUUUUGAUGCCCAGAAAGAAAUUAUCAGAGUCCAGAAAAUGUAUGAGGCCUCCAUAGAAGCGAAAGAAACCACAGAUGAAAGCCCAACUGACAGGAGCCAGGGAGAAGAGAAAACACCCAGAGUCAAGACAGGCUUUCGAAGCUGGUUGAAUCUGUGGAAGCUGAUUAAAAUAUGA